UUUUAUUUAAAAAUAUAGAAGAACCUCUUAAGAAUAUGCGACUCGUAGUAAUUUUCCUGAUCGCAUUUCUAGCAGGUGCAUCAGCCAAAGAUGAUUCGCUAAGUGAGGGCUCAGCAGCCUUUGAACAGCAGUGCGGUUCCUUUUAUUAUACUCUUCUAAGGACCUUAUCGCAGAGUGGAGACAAGGCUAAAAAGGCAGCAGAGGAAAACGCGAUAACAAUUCGCAGCAAAGACAAUCAGAUCAAGGAACUCGAAAUGAAAGUCGCCGAACUGCAAGCAAAUCUGGAACUUAUGAAAGAGAAGGAGAUCGAAUACGAGACGAAACUCAAGUCGAAUGACGAUUUAGUAGUAGACGUAGGCCUGAAACUUGAUAAUCUCAGAAACAAAGUGGCGCACAUAGCAGAAAUCAAGUCAAAUAGAUCAGAGCCAAAAGUGUAAA